GUCUCCAUGGGGACAGGCGGCGGCGGCGGCGGCGGCGCGAGGUUUGGAGUCUCGGCUUUAAGGAGUGAUGAGUGAUUGCACUGGAGGAAAAAUCUGGGACCACUCUGUAGUAUGAGCAUGAGCUGGCACUGUUUGGGAUGCAGACAUUGAGGUCCCACAACUCUAGGCAAGGAAGAUGCUCCAGACCAGCAACUAUAGCCUGGUGCUCUCCUUGCAAUUCAUACUGCUGUCCUAUGACCUUUUUGUCAACUCGUUCUCGGAACUGCUGCGCAUGGCUCCUGUCAUCCAGCUUGUGCUCUUCAUCAUUCAGGAUAUUGCCAUCCUCUUCAAUGUCAUCAUCAUCUUCCUCAUGUUCUUCAAUACCUUCGUCUUCCAGGCUGGCCUGGUUAAUCUUCUGUUCCACAAAUUUAAAGGCACCAUCGUUUUGUCAGCAGCAUACCUUGCUUUAAGCAUAUUUUUCCACAUCUGGGUAAUGAACCUCCGCUGGAAAAAUUCCAACUACUUUGUGUGGACAGAUGGGCUGCAAGCCCUCUUUGUUUUCCAGAGACUGGUGGCUGUACUCUAUUAUUACUUCUACAAGAGGACAGCUGUGCACCUGGGUGACCCUCGUUUCUACCAGGACUCACUUUGGCUACGGAAAGAGUUUGCUCAUGUUCAUAGUUGACAACUGCUUUGGAGUUAUCUGGAACAGAGUUCAAUCUGCUGGGAUGUCAAUGAGACCUUACCAGUAUCUUACAGCACAUUUCCCCUUCCACAAUUUGUGUCCUAGAAUCUGGUUCUAAAUCUUUUACUGUCAGAUGACUUCAUUCCUUUUCUAAGGUCAAUGCACUUCAGAUUUCUCAUCAAUGAAACUGCGGUUCUGGGUUCUGGUCUGUGGAUUCCAUAUUUGCUGCUACAUGCUUCUCAACCUCCAAGCACUCCACAUUCUUCCUUUCAGUUCUGAAAACUGCACUCUUUGGAAUUGGCUGCAACCUUACUGAGGAACAAUCUGAAGUGCCAAAUGGGUUUGGCUGAGAACUCAACGACUAGCAAUAGCACAGUUUCCUUCUGGGAAUAUUCCCUUAUGCUAUGUUACCCUCCGUCUGACAAAAGGGUCUCCUGCCUUCUUAGUACCACUGGCAGCAUGACUAGGUGUAAAAGGACUAUGCUCUAGCUUUGCAGUAUUUGGCCUGGGCAAGUGUACUCUCAUUGACUUGUUAGCUUUUGUACUUGUGUUUUUAUAAAGUGUGAGAAAAUAAAUCAGCUCUUUUCCAGAAA